AUGGCCAACCCCGUCGUGCCCGCCAACAUCCCGCCCCCUGAUGACCCGAAUCGGAUCAACAUUAUCAUCGUUGGCGAUGCUGGCGUGGGCAAGACCUCCUUUGCCAUUCGCUACGUCAACGAGACCUUUGAGCAAACGACCCUUAAUGCGAACCAGGAAAUGGACUCGUUUCACACCGCGCGCCAAUGGCACGAUGAAGUCAAGAAUUUUGGCGACAGCGGCGUUUGUGUCGUCUUGGUGGGCAACAAGACCGACCUGCCGCGUCUCGUAUCCACAGAGGAGGGCAGUGCAUUGGCCAAGGACCUACAAGUGGCCUUUUGUGAAGUCUCAGCUAAAACAGGCGACUCCGUGGACGCAGCUCUCAAAGCUGUUUUGCCGGGCGUCCUCAGGUCGAGCACUAACCCUUUUAUCUGGACUGCGUGCCAGCCGGGUGCUGAGGCGCCCAUUCAUAGAGAUCCACGCCACAGGUACUACAUCAACUAUACGGGAGAAGCAAGCAGCGAGCCGAUGACCCACGCUCAAUUUGACCCGCAGGGCCAAGUGGUCCACAUUGAACGGAUACCACCACGCCAUCCCACCUAUGCCCCACUGGACACGCCUCUGCCAGCCGACUUGGCAGCAACACUUCGAGCUCUGGGCACACACCAAUUGUUUGCCCACCAGGUGCCAGUUUUGGAGCAGCUCCUCGAGAAUGAUACGGACAAUGUGGCGCUCUACAUGUUUCCCACCAAGGCCUUGGCCCAGGAUCAACUACGCAGCCUCUCCAACUAUACGGGUGCUGGCUGGCUUGGGGACGUGGUGCGAGCUGCUACUCUUGAUGCGGAUACUUCUCAAUCACAACGCGAAGACAUUCGGCAAACCGGCAACAUUAUUCUCACCAAUCCCGACAUGCUUCACGUGACUUUGCUCGCCCGCCAUGAACGCUGGUGUCGGCUAUUUCGCACGCUGCGCUACGUUGUUCUGGAUGAGGCACACACCUAUCGAGGUGUCUUUGGUUCACACGUUGCUUGUGUAAUGCGACGUUUACUGCGCAUUUGCUCGCUCUACCGCAAUGAUCGAGUUCAAUUCAUCUGCUGCUCAGCCACGCUGGCCAAUCCGGGCUUUCACUUCCGUCAGCUAGUUCCCUUGUACGGAAUGCAGUCCCGAGAACUUUGCGUGGUGCAGAAAGAUGGCAGCCCAAGUGGUGAACGUCUUUUUGCUUUGUGGAAUCCAACUCUGGACCGCGCCGCCGUGGAAGAUGGCGCAGUUCAACCUACACAGAAACCGCCCUCUUCCAGCGCCAAAUCAGCCGCCUCUGGACCCAAUGUCAAAAGUCCCAAAGCUGUCCGCGCGCACAUUCGUCGACUCUCUCACGGUCGAAAGGCCCAACGCUCCACCCUCGUCUCGUUGUUCCAAACGCAAGAAGAGGACACGCUUAAGCGCCCUGCAAAAUCCCGUGCUCAGCCGCUACCGGCAGCAGCUGCCGACUCUGAGAAUGACAGCGAUGCUGAGCUCGAUGCAGCCAUGGACGAGUUUGAUGCGGCCAUGGCAGGUCACAUUGCUCAUGACCCCGGACGCGCCGCAACGCCACCGCCAACUGUCGCGCCGCCGACUGAUGCGAUGCCCAUUGCCGGUGCACCUGCAAAGGGGUCGCCGCGCCGUGCCGGCAAACGCGUGGGACACAACGAGACCUCGACCCCCCACUCACCCCACGUCAAGGUCGCAAAGUUUAAGGAGGAAGAUAGCAAGAUCACCAGCCCCAUUCUCGAGACGGCCCUUUUGCUGUCUGCACUGACCAAGAUGGGCGUGCGCACGCUCACUUUCUCACGUGUGCGCAAGGUCUCUGAACUCAUUCUCAAAUACACGCGACGCGACCUUCGUCUCACGGCCCCGCAUUUGCAGGGCAAGGUCCAGGCAUAUCGAGCCGGCUACACCAAGGAGACUCGUCGUCAGAUUGAGCGCCAGCUUUUCAACGGCGAGCUUCUCGGCACCACGGCCACAAACGCUCUAGAACUGGGCGUGGACAUUGGAAGUCUAGACGUAACCCUCCUGUUGGGAUUUCCUAGCUCAGUGGCUAGUAUGUGGCAGCAGGCAGGCCGAGCAGGCCGAGGCACGAACAAGGCCCUCACCAUAAUCGUACUCUUCAACUCGGCACUGGAUCAAUACUAUGCGCGUCAUGGCCCAGAGCUCUUUCAGCGGCCGACGGAAGCCGCCAUUUCUGACCCGGAUAAUCCGUAUGUGCUGCGCGAGCACCUGCUGUGCGCAGCCGCCGAGCUGCCCUUACGUUUGUCCCGUGAGGACGUGCAGCGCCUUCGCGCCGCUGUCAGUGCUGUUUUAGGUCCUGGGGUUCAGCUGGCCUCGGAAGCUGCGGUUGUUGAGGCUGCGCGACAGCACAUUGGUCUACUACCGACCGCUGUCGUGGCCGAAUGCCAGGAUUUACUGCUCUUUGGCGAGACGGCAGGCGAUUUAGCGCACGCGCUCACCUCGGACGGGCUGCUUCAACUACAAAGCCCGGGUUACGUGCUGCCACAGCGCGAUAUUCAUCCGGCUGCAAACAUCAGCCUGCGCACGAUUGAGGAAGAUGGUUAUGAUGUCGUUGUGACCCCGGAUAUGCGCAAGAUUGACGAGGUUGACGCCCGGCACGCCCUCUUUGAAACGUACCAAGGCGCCAUCUUUUUACAUCGGGGUCAGACCUACCUUGUCACUUUUCUGGAUCAUGAUAAUCGCCAAGCCCAUGUGCAGCCGGUCACCGUUGACUACUUCACAAAGCCGUCGGACCGGUCUGACGUCGAUGUCAUCAGCGCCUUUCGCAAGCGUCAGCCGCCGCUACAAGCCGCUUGGGGCACUGUUCAGGUCAAGAUUGAAAUUUAUGGCUAUCAGAAAAUUAGAGAACGAACUCUGGAACUGUUCGAUACUGUGGAGCUGGAAGCCGAACCUGUCGAGUACAAGACUCGUGGGGUUUGGCUCGAUAUUAAUCCAGCUACCAAGGCACGUCAAGUCAACGGCGCAUCGCCUGCCUUUGUGGCGCCAGCUACCAUAAUAUUAUAUUAA